CGUGACUGUCAAAUCAAAUUUGACAAUUUUUCUAACCAUGUUUGUCAUAGUUUCUUGAUGAUUUUUUGUGAUACAAUUCUCAGUGCGAUUGUGCAAUAUAUAGAUUAAUAUUCAUUUAUUGUAAAUAAAACACACAGAUUCAGGAUGUGGAAGGGCCUCAGAUUGACACAGACUCAAUUAUCGAAAAUACAUUUCAAGGGACACAAACUGCAGGCGAUCGGUGUUCCAGCUUUAGAUACAGUAUUAAACCAAUGGUACGAGUUUUGUAAGAAGCCGCCUAAAGGUUUUGAAAAGUAUUUCCAGCCUGGCACCAGUCAGAAACAGCAGAAACUACCAGAGAAGGAUGGCGCGCCUGCGCCGUCUAAAAGCUCGCCUGCGGCUUCCAAGCCGUCGUCCUCCGCAGACAAAUGGAACAUGAACAUGUUUUCAAACACAGGGGGCGGCAGAGGAGGCGGCGGCCGCGGCGGGUACGAGGGCCAGGACAGGGAGAAAUGGAUGAUGUUCGGCGCGAUGGGAGUGGUGACCCUACUAGCCUCUAUCGCCUACUUCGAACUAAGAUAUAGAGAAAUAAGCUGGCGAGACUUCGUUAAUUUAUAUCUAAAUAAGGGAGCAGUAGAAAAACUUGAGGUUAUCAAUAAGAAAUGGGUGCGUGUUAAGCUACAACCUGGAUCAGCAUUAGAAAGCAAAGUGAUUUGGUUCGCCAUUGGAAGUGUCGAUUCUUUUGAAAGGAACCUGGAGAAUGCACAAAUAGAGAUGAGUAUUGACCCUCCUAACUUUAUUCCUGUUAUUUAUAAAACUGAGGUGGAAGCGUCCAGUUUGACUGGCAUGCUCCCCACUCUGUUAAUCAUAGGAUUUUUGAUAUACAUGAUGAGAAGAUCAGCAGAUAUGAUGGGCCGCGGUGGCCGGAAAGGCGGUGGGCUGUUUGGCGGUGUGAUGGAGUCAACAGCCAAGUUAAUAAACCCCACAGACAUUGGAGUUAAAUUCCAAGAUGUGGCUGGUUGUGAGGAGGCUAAAAUUGAGAUUAUGGAAUUUGUAAACUUCCUAAAGAAUCCUCAGCAGUACAUUGAUUUAGGAGCCAAAAUCCCUAAGGGAGCUCUCCUGACUGGCCCCCCUGGUACUGGAAAGACUUUGUUAGCCAAAGCCACAGCGGGAGAGGCCAAUGUACCCUUCAUUACUGUGUCAGGAUCAGAGUUUUUGGAAAUGUUUGUAGGUGUCGGUCCAUCUAGAGUGAGAGACAUGUUCUCAAUGGCCCGCAAACAUGCCCCUUGCAUUUUGUUCAUAGAUGAAAUCGAUGCUGUUGGUAGAAAACGUGGUGGACGUAGUUUUGGUGGGCAUUCUGAGCAGGAAAAUACAUUGAACCAGCUUCUAGUUGAAAUGGAUGGUUUCAACACAACAACCAAUGUUGUGGUUCUAGCUGCAACCAACAGAGUUGAUAUCUUGGACAAAGCUCUGUUACGUCCUGGCAGAUUUGACAGACAGAUCUUCGUUCCCGCUCCGGAUAUCAAGGGCAGAGCUUCCAUUUUCAAAGUGCAUUUGUCACCACUUAAAACUUCCUUGAAUAAAGAUAAUCUAGCACGUAAAAUGGCUGCAUUAACUCCAGGUUUCACUGGUGCAGACAUCGCGAACGUGUGCAACGAGGCGGCGCUCAUCGCAGCCAGAGAGCUGGCGCUCGACAUCACCAUGAAGAACUUCGAGCAGGCCAUCGAGCGAGUCGUGGCCGGCAUGGAGAAGAAGUCCAACGUCUUACAGCCCGACGAGCGCAAGAUCGUCGCCUACCACGAGGCCGGACACGCGGUCGCCGGAUGGUUCCUCCAGCACGCCGACCCCCUCCUCAAAGUGUCCAUCAUCCCCCGCGGAAAAGGCCUCGGAUACGCCCAGUACCUACCCAAGGAACAGUAUCUCUACAGCAAGGAGCAGCUGUUCGACAGAAUGUGCAUGACCCUCGGCGGCAGGGUCAGCGAGGAAAUCUUCUUCGGAAGAAUCACGACCGGCGCGCAGGACGACUUGAAGAAGAUCACCCAGAGCGCGUACGCACAAAUCGUCCAUUACGGUAUGAACACGAAGGUCGGUAACGUCUCCUUUGAGAUGCCCCAGCCUGGUGAAAUGGUCGUCGACAAACCGUACUCGGAGAAAACCGCCGAGCUCAUCGACUCGGAAGUCAGAGAUCUAAUCGGCACAGCGCACAGGUUUACCACAGAACUGCUGACGAAGCACAAAGACAAUAUUGAAAAGGUCGCCCAGAGGCUGUUGAAGCAGGAGAUUUUGAGUCGGGAGGACAUGAUCGAGCUGCUGGGCCCGAGGCCGUUCCCUGAGAAGAGUACUUACGAGGAGUUCGUCGAAGGCACCGGGUCCCUUGAAGAGGACACGACGCUGCCCGAAGGCCUGAAGGAUUGGAACAAAGAGAAGAACCCGACGACGCCGCCGCCCGCCAGCAUACCCACCGGAGCCGAGCCCAGUAAAUAAGCCCAUACUUGUAGAUUGUUGAGUUUUUAGUCAGUUUUAUGUGAAAUAUAUUUUAAUUAUUACCUUUAAGACUUAAAGGGAUUUUGUUGUUUUAGUGAUGUGAGCGACACGAAAUAGAUUUGUUUUUGAACGGAUACUGGAUUUUCUUAGUUGCGCCGAGAAUGUGGCCGAUGUAAUAUAAUCAGAAGCAACAAACAGUAAUGUAAUUAAACUGUAAUUAAUACAUAAUUAACAGAAGGCUGCUUGCAUUUCUAGUUGCAAUUAACGACUACUUGUGACUACUACUGCGUUUGUUUUGUAAAAUAAAUAAAUUCCAGUUACUUCA